AUGUCAGUCCAUCAUAUAAAUUUCCUGAACAGUUCCUCGCCAGUCUUCCAGUGUCGGUGAGUUGGGUUGUAAACACUUCCUUGUUAUCGUCUUCUUUGCUCCAAUCAGUAAUAUCUUCAUUAGAUAUUUGUCUGCUAUCACUUGAGUAUGCAAUGCCAUGGUACUGAAAUACAUUAAGCUGACACUAAAUAGUAUAGUAAUUUGAAAUAUGUAUUCCAGACAAUCAUGGGGCGGCACAGUGAUGUAAUGGUUAGCACUGUCGCCUUACAGCAAGAAGGUUAUGGGUUUGAAUCCGUGUCAGGGUGUUUCUGUGUGGAGUUUGCAUGUUCUCCCAAAAACAUGCAGAAGUGAGGUGAGGUUAAUUGGCCACUUUCAAAUUGCCCGUAGGUGUGAAUGUGAGCGUGGAUGUUGUUGUUGUUCGUCUCUAUAUGUCAGCCCUGUGAUGAACUGGCAACUUGUCCAGGGUGUCCCUCGAGACCCACGAAUAAGCGGUAGAAAAUGGAUGGAUGGAUGGACAAUCAUGAAUAUCAUGCCAGUAAGACACAAGUUUCAGACAAUCCCAAAAUAAAUGAUAAUGUUAGCUGAAUCCGGACCGCACAUCCUCCAACAACUUGAUGUUUCUGCUGAGCCGGUGUUAUAAAAAAAUCUCAUGACGUUUUUCCAUCCAAAUUCCCGCAAGCUCCUUGAAUUUGUGGUUUUCCAUUGUAAUUUACAGAUAUCUUCCCAUUCUUCCUCAGAUAUGACCAAAUCUCCCUCCCUUUACCGAUAUUUAAUAUGAAGGCUGUUGGAAUUCCAGGAGUCUUAAAAACUAGAUUUUAAUUUCUUUCCACUCCCAGACUUAUAUAUUGAGACAAAGAUCUUUAGAAUAGAACUUGUCAAUUGUUUUUAAUCGAUGUCUUACUUGAAGAUAUCUGAAAAAGUCUUAUUCCUUUUUGAGAUUGUCCAAACUCUUCACUGACCCGUUGUCCAUGAAGCAGUAAUAAACCGUAAGGUCCAUUUUCAUCCAUAUUUUAAAUCUACUAUCUGAGCUAUUUGGAGUAAAAUCCAUGUCAUAUGUAAACCAAUGUAAUAUGUUUUCUCCACCCUUUAAAUCAUUGUUUUUCACUGUUUUGCGCUCUCUGGUUUUUAGUGUUGUUUUAAUCCAGGGGUUCAGACUAAAGCUUUUUUUUCUGUGGACAAAAACUCUCUCUGUCUUUAAACCCAUUAAGGUUCACAGACACUGAGUGACCCAAACCUCCAUCUGUUUGUUUAGACUCUCAUCCUCUCUGAGAGCAGGAGGGCGGGGUCUCUGACAGAGCUGUUAAUCAAACUGGAGCAGGUUUCAUGGUUAAUGAGGUUCCUCCAUCAUGAUUUAAUACUGAACAGAGCAGUUUAAUAAACCCUGAGUGCUGACUGAAGGUGGAGCCUAACGAGCUGUAAUAUCAUCCUUAGUUUAUAAAUAAUUUAUUAUUAUUAACACUAAGAUAUUAAAUAAUCUGCUGUAUUCAUCAUCUACAGCAUCUCCACCCUCAUCCUCACCCUCAUCCUCAUCACCCCAUCAGUCAGUGAGUAUUUCCUGUUUAAGACAAUCAAAAGUUAAUAAACACACGCUUGUCUUUUAUUUUGAAAGGAUUGGUAUAUAAUUUUUUUUCAUUUCCUCUUUUCUUUGUCUGAUCUCAGAAUAUAUUUAUUUCACACUCAGAGGCUGAACUCUUUUUUCCUGAAGUUCAAUAGUGAUUUUAUUUCUUCAUCUAAAUCAAUAAUCAUCAAUGAAAAACUGAACCUGAUUAAUUAAUCAAUAAAAUCAUAAAAACAUGAACAAAUACACCAACUAAACAUGUCCAUUAAAAUGGUCAUGUUUAUUAUUAUAGAAGAUGAAAUUAUUUAGUUUUACUUCUCUAACGUUCAUGAUUUAAAAAAAAAGGAUAUUUUCUGUGUUGCCUGUGAGACCAAACUAAGGGCAAACAUCUCACUGUGUUUCUGUCUCAGGUGUGUUUGGAGCCUCAGAACUCGCCUUCCUCAAAGAACCUGUUGAUGUCAUCGCAGUGAGAGACCGCUCCCUGAUGCUGGACUGUCAGGUGGAGGGGGAGGGGCCUAUUUCUAUCACCUGGAGACGAAAUGGUGUUCCCGUGGCAAUGGGCCCUCGAGCUACAGUGCUGGCUAAUGGUACGCUGCUCAUCAAGAGCGUCGCCAAGAGGCGAGAAAGCAACGAGACGGACGCCGGGGAGUACGACUGCGCUGUUCAGAACCGCUACGGACGCCUCAUCAGCCGCAAGGCCCGCGUGCUUCUUGCCUGUGAGUCAUGUGACCUGUGAUAUCAUACAUGCACACUGUAACACGUAUUGAUCACCUGUGCCCUCACCUUUCCUCCAGCCCUCCCUAAGUUCCUGUCUCACCCUGAGUCCAUGACAGUCGAUGAAGGGGGUGUGGCCAGACUCACCUGUCAGGUAAAUGGAAUUCCAGAAGCCAGCAUCACCUGGCAAAGAGACAGACGCCCACUAAGCACCGAGGAUCCCAGGUACAGGUCACCUGUUUCUCAUUUAGAUUAAUCAUUAUUGAGUUUAUGGGUCACAUGAUCAGUCCAAAGUUGAUGAACAGGCUGAUCAAUAACCACCAAAAAUACGACUCGCUCACCUGUCUAUGUUCUGUGUAUUACACCUGUGCCCCUCCCACUCAGGUACACUCUGCUGCCAAACGGAGUCCUGCAGAUCACCAGCGUGCAGCGAGUUGACAGUGGUCUGUUUCGAUGUGUCGCCACAAACAUCGCCAACACUCGUUACAGUCACGAAGCUCAGCUGUCUGUGACAGGUAAGCCUAAACUCGGGGUAAAAUAAGACCAAACUCAGGGUGAAAAAAAAACUGAACACAGGUAAAAAAAAGUACAAACUCAGGGAAAAAUAAGACCAAACUCAGGGUAAAACAAGACUAAUCUCAGAGUUAAAUAAGACGAAGCUCAGGGUAAAAUAAGACCAAACUCAGGGUAAAAUAGGACCAAACUCAGGGUGAAAAAAAAACUGAACAAAGGUGAAAUAAGACCAAACUCAGGGAAAAAUAAGACCAAACUCAGGGUAAAACAAGACCAAACUCAGGGUAAAAUAAGACUAAACUCAUGGAAAAAUAAGACCAAACUCAGGGUAAAAUAAGACCAAACUCAGGGCUUAAAUAAGACCAAACUCAGGGCUAAAAUAAGACCGAACUCAGGGUAAAAAAAGACCAGACUUAGGGGAAAAUAAGACCAAACUCAGGGCUAAAAUAAGACCAAACUCAGAGUAAAAUAAGACUAAUCUCAGAGUUAAAUAAGACCAAACUCAGGGCAAAAAUAAGACCAAACUCAGGGUAAAAUAAGACAAAACUCAUGGGAAAAAUAAGACCAAACUCAGGGUAAAAUAAGACCAAACUCAGGGCUUAAAUAAGACCAAACUCAGGGCUAAAAUAAGACCGAACUCAGGGUAAAAAAAGACCAGACUUAGGGGAAAAUAAAGUACAAACUCAGGGCUAAAAUAAGACCAAACUCAGAGUAAAAUAAGACUAAUCUCAGAGUUAAAUAAGACCAAACCCACGGCUAAAAUAAGACCAAACUCAGGGUAAAAAAGACCAGACUUUGGGGAAAAUAAGACCAAACCCAGGGCUAAAAUAAGACCAAACUCAGGGUAAAAUAAGACUAAUCUCAAAGUUAAAUAAGACCAAACUCAGGGCUAAAAUUAGACCAAACUCAGAGUUAAACAAGACCAAUUCAGGGUGAAAUAAGACCAAACUCAGGACAUAUCUUUUGUUAACCUGAAAGUUUAAGUGUCUUUGUCCCUUUUUGCUGAAACACUCAUGUGGUUCUGGUCCAGGUGCAGGAUCUAGGAUUUACAAAGAACCCGUCAUCCUGUCGGGCCCUCAGAACCUCACCAUCAAUGUUCACCAGACGGCCAUCUUGGAAUGUAUCGCCACAGGAAACCCUCGACCGAUAGUUUCCUGGAGCCGCCUUGGUGAGAUCAGCGAUUCAUCAGUUAUUGAUGCCAGUUAUCUGUCAACAGGGUCACCAUGGUAACAUGAUGCAUGUGUAUGUGUGUGUGUGUGUGUGUGUGUGUGUGUGUGUGUGUGUCAGAUGGGCGGUCCAUCGGCGUGGAGGGCAUCCAGGUGUUGGGGACAGGUAACCUAAUGAUCUCUGACGCCACACUGCAGCACUCCGGGGUCUACGUAUGUUCGGCAAACCGACCCGGCAGCAGGUCACGGAGAACGGCGCUCGGACGACUCGUAGUGCAAGGUAUGCACAAAGUACACACACAGAACUACACACUGAAAAUGUUUGUACAGCGAGAGCUGAUAGAGCAGAACCAUAACAGAACCGAGCCACAGGAACCAGAACCAGGACACAAGUAUGGAUCAGGGGUUUUCUGUGUGAAUGAAGACCGCUGUGAUUCCCUGAGUGAUCAAACCCAGGUCAGGAUCAGAACCAGGACACACAAGAACCUGAACACAGACUCAAUAAGAAAGACUCAGCUCAACAUAAACACAAAACAGCUGAUUCAGAUUUAUUUUUCUCUGCAGCUGAGUUUCAGAUCUCUGACAUGUUUCUUUGUUAACAGAUGAACUUGAACUCAUCAUGUUAAGUGUGUGAGUGUGUGCGUGUCCAUCUGUCAGCUAUGUUUCCUGCCACCGUCUGACUCCUAACCCCCAACCUCUGUCCCCUGACCUGACUGAGCAUGUGCCUGUGUGAGGGGGAGGGGCCUGCAGAGACACAGAGAAAGAAACAUGAAACCUAUUUUUACUGCUUUUUUUAAAAUUAUAGCUUCUAAUAAAAUUAAUUAUAACUUCUAAUAAUAAUAAUAAUGUUGAUAAUAAUACUAAAACCACUACCACAACUACUACUACUACUACUGCUACUAAUAAUAAUAAUAAUAAUAAUAAUCAUCAUCAUCAUCUUUGUGAUUCUUUGAGGACAGCAGAUGAUCUUUAUUGAGCCUGGAGGAGAUUUUUUCACCAACACUACAGAGUAAAUUAGUAAAUUCAGACAGACUCAUCAAGAACCAGAGAAAUAAAUAAAACUUCUGCUGGAGGUCUGAGGGAGGUAAAACAUCCUGGACACGGUUCUGUUGGACUGUGAGCUGCAGAGAAACCAGAGUGAAAGAGAUAACACAGUAACAGCAGAGAAAAUACAAACUGAUAUUUAGACAGAAAUAAAGACCAAAUCUAAAGGACUCAGCUCUACGUUUGUUACAGAGGAACCUUUUUAGAGAGCAGGAACCUUCGGGUCCGGACCUGAUGUUCAGCUGCAGUCUGUCUGGGAGGAUUAAAACUGGAAUAAUUAGAUCCACAGAAGAAGAAUCCCCUCUGACCUCGGACCCUAACCUCCAGCCUCAUCACAGCAGCCUGCAGCAGGAAGUGAUGCGUGCAGACCCCUCCCCCUCCUCCUCCUCAGGGGAACCAGGACCCUCUGGUUAUAAGGCAGACGUGGUCCAUGUUCCUGUAUGGUUUUUGUUUGGUCUUUUGUGCUUUUGUCUCAGUGUGAACCAAACUGGAGAGAAAGAGAGAGAGAGAGAGAGAAGAAGAGGUUAGUAAUUCUUCUCCAAAGAGACAAACACAGAAAAUGAAAAAAUAAACGUUUUUAUCAAUGAUUGAAAAAUAAGAGGACCGGCAACAGUGCCAUGUGGGACACCACUUUAUACAUUUAACUUAAAAAGAGACUUUGACUUUGACCCACUGUUUCCACCGUUAAGAUGCUUUUAUACAAAUGAAUCAGUGAGAUGCUGUAAAAAAAAUAAAAUAACCGUUAAAAGUGACUGAAACUAGAAAUAAAGAAGAAGAGAGCCACACUAACACUAAAACCCUUAGAUCAUAAUAAUCAAAACACUAAUCAGCUGAUCAAUUCAUAUAUCAAAAUACAAUCAACUGAUCAUCCAUAACUCAAAUGAGAAUAAUCAGCUGAUUAUCAAAAAUGUAAACAAUAAUCAGCAGAUCAUCAACUACCCAGACAUAAUCAGCUGACUUUUAAAAGCCCAAACUUAAUCAGAUCAAUAAAAACAACAAUAAACUGAUCAUCAAUUAUAAUCAGCUGAUUAUAAAAGUCUGAAAAAGUCAGCUGACCUUAAAAAAACAAUCAAUAAUCAGCUGAUCAUACAAACAACAGCUUUACCCUUUAAUGCCUGUUAUAUACAUAUACAUAUAUAUAUGUAUAUAUAUAUAUAUAUAUAUGCAUUUAUAAUAUUUGUUAGAUUUUAAGGACAUUUUGAUCUUUUUGGAUUUCAGUAGUAAGUGAAAUAAACAUUUCAGCCCAAAAAAAUUGACAUCUUCUCACCACAAUCUUUAGGCAUUAAAGGGUUAAACACUCGUCAGCUGAUUAUCAAUACUCUGAACAACAAUCAGUUGAUGAUCAAUAACCUAAAUUAAGAUCUGAUCACAGUGAUCUAAAACCAGAAUCAGCUGAUCAGUGAGCGGUCUCCCUCUGAUGUCUGGGUAUUUGUUUGGUUCCCCCCGCUCUGAGACGGAGAGGUCAGAGGUCAUCAGGCUCAUUCUGUGUGUGUGUGUGUGUGUGUGUGUGUGUGUGUGUGUGUGUGUGUGUGUGUGUGUGUGUGUGUGUGUGUGCGUGUCUCAUUAGAAUACAGAUUUGCAUGUGAAGGGUCCACUUUACAAUGAGGACUUUAUUCACACUCAGAGUCCGUCUGUCAGACUCAGCAAAACUUCAUGAGAUUAAAAACUGGAGUCCCCUCAGUCUGAGAGCGAACACUGAGUCUCUACACAAAGAAACACACACACACUAACACACACACACACAAAAUCAGCAUCAUCUUAAUUCUGAGCAUUAUGAUAGAGCUCUUUUUUUAAUUAAAGGGAUAGUUUGUGUAUUUCUGUCAAAACUAAGGCUCUUUACCAUGUUGGGGGGGGGGGGGGGGGGGUAAUAAUAAGCUUAAGUCCACCACAGAACCCAGUUUGAGUUGAGAACACUCAUACAGGCCUAACAAAUUGGACUGUAGGGGUCAUUGGCAGUCAAACCUGAACUCAUGAACUGACAGUGAACACACCUGGACCAGCAGGUAAACCCCAGGUGAUCUGUUCUGCUCUCCAGUUAAAGUGAUAUUCCGGCAUUAAAUUAAGGAAGAACAUUUAUGAUCAUUUCUUCAUGGAAAUACAAUCCGACCUGAGACGCUAAGGCAGAAGAACUACUGCGUCUGCAGUGAAAAUGAUUAGUAUGGUGAUUAUUACUUCAAGGAAAUGAUAAACAAAUGAUCAUAAAUGUUCUUCUUUGAGCUGCAGUCUGUAAUGUCUGUAAUGGACUGGCCUGAGUUCUCGCUACAAACAAGCAGCUGCUGGAAGAGAGCAGGUGAGUUGCGUUUAGUCUCUUUGCUAAAGAAAUUAGUCAAAGUUAAAAAGAUGUUUGGUGACUAGUGCUAUGGCUGGGACCCUAUAUGUACUGUUGAUGAAGUUAGGUGCUGUUCUGAGCAUUAUUUGUGGCUAUAGAGUGGCGUUUUGGUUGAGGCCUGUUUAUGGCUCCUCAGACCGCUGUGUAUUGCUAUCCUGCUGUCGUUACCAAAGUUGGUAUAACUAGAGAAGCAAGUGGUCGGCAACAUUCAUCUCUGGAGGGGGUGUCCAACUUGGUGUUACGGUGUGUUUGACCCUAAAUUAAUUUUACGCCAGAAUAUCCCUUUAACCCCCCCCCCCCCCUUCAGUCUGCUGAGUUUCAGUCUUCUUCUGAGUUUUUGCCACUUUGAACACCUGAUCAGUGAGCUGCAUCAGGAGGGUUUAAGUCCCGGUGUAACAAACACUCAGACUGAGAGCGAUGUUCUGGUCAAAGCUGAUCCGGUCUGUCCUCUGUUCUGGUCUUCCAGCUGGUUUCUGAACAAAGAGGCUGAACUGGACUGAACCAAACACAGGUCAGGUGAAGAGUGUAAAAGAUGUCUCUCAGUAUUUCUAUUUCUAUUUAUUUAUUUAGCACAGAUAAAACGGGAAAGAAGCUAAUAAGCUGAUACAGAGUUCCUUCAGACCAGCCUUUCUCAAACGUCAUUUCACGGUUGUCAGAGAUAUGGGUUUCGACCUUGUCAUGUUGAUUUCCUCCCUUAUUUGUGGUGCUGUCUUUCGACGAUUUCUCUUACUGGUGACAAUGCUAUGUUUAUCCUCUGCUCUUGUAGUAACUCUCUUUCAUCCAGGUCUUUUUCUAUCAUCAUAACUUCCAGGUUCCUCUAGUCUCUUCAGAGUGUAGUGGACUCCUUUGUUAAACACCUUUUCGCAUUUUGCAGUUUCUCUUUCUGUGUAUCCUUCUUUCCUCAAUGUACAAAUCUGUACUUUUGUUUCUUUACUCAGUUGCUUCUUUCUAGCCAUUUUUGCAGUAGUUUGAACGCAGUUGAGAUUUAUUAGGAUUUUUGUAUGCAGACACUCAAAAGCCAAAAAGUUAAAGUGAAUAAUCCAACAGUGAUUUGUUUUUUUGCUUUUGCACUGAAGUUGUGACUCUUGCAAAUGUUUUCAACUCUAAAACUAAGCCCUUAUUAUCUUUUGCUGACAUAUAUUUAGCAAUGGUCUGUUAACAUCAAUGUCUAAAGGUAAAUGGAGUAAAAUGGUGCAUUUCCAUGAAAGCAACAUCUGAUCAUGGAGUAAAUACAUCCCAAAAUACAUAAAACUCAUGCUGGAUUUUAAAAAAGCAAUGUGAGCAAAAACUUGAAGUUUCUCCCAACUGUUCGGCCUGUAAUGGCCUUGCUUCCAAACUUUUGGCAUGUAGUGUAAGUAUACAUAAAAAGAAAAGAAACAUGAACAUAACAGAGAAUGAUGUGUUUAAGACAUGAUUAAAUGAGAUUUUAAUUAUAUUUUAAAGGAUUUGAAGGAUAAUAUUGAUUUUAGAGAUCCAUCCAGAUCAUUUCAUAGUUUCGGUUCUCUGAAAGUGAUAUUAGACUGAAGUUCAACAGAAAGGAAACUGAAGAUGGUCAUUUUGUCUUGUUGAGUACAGGUGAAGGUCGGAUGUAAAGGUUAAAAAGUUUCUGAAGUAGUCAGGAAGGUUUUGUUUGUUAUUGAUGAACUUAAGGACAAACAAGAGUGAAAGACAUUGAGUUUGUCAAUCAAUAAGAUUGAGUAUUUAGUAAAGAGAGGUGCAGAAGGUUCAUGUCUGCUGGAUCAAGAUAUCAUUCUUAAGAAUCCGUUCUGGAUUAAUAAAAUUUUCUUGAGGUAAGUUGGAUACGUCGCAGACCAUACAAUAUUACAAUCAUUCAUAUAAGGAAAUAGGAAGCUAUAAUUCAAAGAUAAGUGAGCAGAGGGACUGAUCAGGGGACAGACCUUAUUGAUUAUACCGAGGCUCUUCAUUUACCUUUUGUAAACACGUCCUGUUAAUAUCAAUUAAGACAGUGACCUCAGUAAAAAACACGAUCCUUUCAAAAUAAAUGACAGAUGAGAACCUUUCAAAGUAAAAGACAGCAGUUUACUCUGUGUGUGUGUGUGUGUGUGUGUGUGUGUGUGUGUGUGUGUUUUGCUCUUGAACUUGAGUGUGUUCUCAGAGUGUGUGAAAGGUCUUCUCUCACAAAUCAACUUCAUUUCUAUGUUAAUGACCCCCCCACCCCCCGACUGAAAAUAAAUGUCUCUCUUUCACACACCCCUCCUCCCUGACCCGUGAACUCUGACCCCCCUCUCUGUAUAGGAGGGGGUGGUCCUUCAGGGCGUUAUUUAGGGUGACAGAGACCCUCAUGAGUGUCAUGGGGUGUUUGUUGCGGUGGAGACGCAGCAGCCGGAGGCGAGACAGCACCUGUCUGUCUGCUCAGAGAGGGGGGGGGGGGGGGUCGAAGGUCAAAGUGGUGCCCAAACAAAGCGACAAGUUCAAGUUCAGAGAGGAGAGUCAACCAUCAGAAACAGACUCAAUAAAGUGAUGAAAAAGAACAGGGUUGUUAGUUUAAAAGAUGAAUAAAGUUAUUUUAUCAUUUUUAUCAGACAUUAAAAACAUCAUUAUCUCUGUUUUUGUUUAAUGUGAAUCACGACUUUAUAAACUCUGAUUUAAAAUGACGGAAACACUUUAUUUAUAGAGCACUUUAAAUACAACCAAAGCUGACACAAAGUGCUGUACAUAAUAACAUCAAAACAUCAAACAACAAUAAAUAGUUGUUUCAAAAUAUAAUAAAAAGCAAUAAAACAAAUGCUGUCUCAUGCUGGGUCAAAAGCCAAGGAGUAAAAGUGGGUUUUUAGACGGGUUUUAUAAAUGGACAGUGAGGAAGCUCGUCUAAACACCAGCUUUGCUUUAUUUUUAUAAGAGCAGCUCUGAAACAUGUUUUUAUAUCGAUGAUAAAAAUAUUUUAAAGUUUAAUUAAAACCACCACAUGUACACAGACUCUGAAAAGUAAAGAUUAAAUCAGGGAUUUGUCAUGUUCGAGGGUCUUUUACAGUUUUAGUCCCGCUCUUCAGUCUGUUUGUCUGCUGCCCCCUGCUGGACACUAAGGGCUCUGCAGUAAUGACAAUGAUCCUACCAAUGCACUGUACUUGUAUUGCAGAUACUACAGACACACAACUUCAUCGCUGAGGAGGAAAAAGAAGAAAUUAAAAGAAUUGAAAUGAACAAAAAUGAAUGUUUUUUUAAUAUAUAAUUUUUUUUAAUGAUAAACAGAAAAUAGUGUGAUAUCACUCUUCUCCUUUGCUGAGUGCUGUCACACUCCUGAACUCUGCCUCCUGACAUCUGAACCAUAUUAACACUCAUGAACUGAACACACACACACUCACAACCACUGAACCACCACUUACAAUUAUCUACUAUUACCUGCACUUUGUAUUCAUAAACCAACUUAAACCUUUCAAACCUCAAUUGCACUGCUACAUCCAAUAUUGCACUACUGUAUAAUUUAUCUGUCAUAUAAUCAUAUUUAUAGUCUGUUUAUAGCCUGUACAUACUUAUAGUUAUAGCAUAUUCAUAACAAUGUUAUAUACUCGUGACAUACUCAUGUAUAUAUCUCCUGCAUACCGUGUACAUUUGUAAAUAUAUUCAUACUUGCUAAGCACUUCUGGAUGGAUGCAAACUGCAUUUCAUUGCUCUGUACUUGUGACAUGUGCAAUGGCAAUAAAGCUGAAUUCAAUUCUAUUCUCUUCUUUUCCUUCCUCCCUGCCAUCUCCUCCUCUACCUCUCCUUUCUUCUCUUCUGCUGAUAUUCCUCCUCUCCUCCUCUACCUCUCCUUUCUCCUCCCUCAGCUCCUCCUGAGUUUGUGCAGUGGCCUCAGUCUGUCUCCAGACCAGCAGGGGGCAGUGCAGUCUUCAGCUGCACGGCAUCAGGAGCUCCUGAGCCUCACCUGAUCUGGCUGAAGAACGGCAAACUGCUGACGCCGAGUGGCAACGUCAAGCUGACCAACGGGAACACGUAAGACAGCGUUUUUAUCGAGUCUGGGAGACGCCUGUAUGACUUUAAAACUGUAAACGAGCCAAGGGUCUCUCAGGUCAGAUCUGUUACAGGCUCUGGGGCCCCUGAGGGUACUGGUCCCCCUCAGUCCAGGUAUCAGUGCUCUCUGUCUCUCCCUGCAGGACUCUGGCCAUCACUCGUAUCACCCCUGAGGACGAGGCCAUCUAUCAGUGUAUCGCAGAAAACAGCGCCGGGACCAACCAGGCCAGCGCCCGCCUCGCCAUCAUCCAGGGGUCCGAACUCCCAGAAGCCCCCACCAACCUGAGGGCCAUGGCCCUGAGCUCCAGUAGCCUGCAGCUGACCUGGGACCAGCCCACUGAGCCCGCCAGCCAACACAUCAUCGGAUAUGUUCUGCACAUCCGGCGGCUGGGAGGUAAGAGCAGGAGAGAAAGAAAGGUUUGACCAAUCAGAGACCGGCUCGACUCUGACCUCUGACCCCUGACCCCUGUCCCCUAAGAACCCGACAGCGCUGAGCUGCAGGAGGCCGUCAGUAAGACCACCUUCAAACACGAGUUCCUCAACUUGGAGGCUGCAACCACCUACUCCAUCCACCUGAAGGCAUACUCAGCUCAGGGUGGCAGCCAGCAGUCCGACGCCAUCACCGCCACGACGCAGGGCGGCGGUACGUCCACCUCAAAUAUAAACAGGAAGUCCACCUUCAGCAUAGAAGACACAGUCAAUCCCCCUUUUAGUCAGCGAACCUUUGGAUCUAGUCCACCUUAAACCUGUGUCUGUCUCUGUGUCCCACAGUUCCCAGUCCUCCCAGUUUCUUCACGAAGGUUCUGAACCAGACCGCCAUGCAGGUGUACUGGGAGCUGCCUAAUAAGCCAGGGGCAGUAGAGGGCUUCAGACUGGAGUACCGCGGGGUCUCAAAUCCAGAGGUCCAAGGGCAGGAGAUCUUUCCUGCACACAUCAACACCCACACCAUCUCCCACCUGGGUCAGUCUCUUAAAGGGACAGUACGGGUUUUUACAGAGGGGGCGCCAUUAGCGAGACAACAGCUAUCUGUCGUCUUUAGAGCAGUGGUGUUAGUUAAGCUGCUGGUUUCCAGUCAGCAUAAAUCUGUCAGUAUGGACUCCUGUAAGGACAUUUUGAUGCUAACAGUCGCUGUAAUUCUCUCUGCAGAGAAAGCGGCUGUUUACGAGAUUCAGUUGUUGGCCUUUAACGGUAACGGUGACAGUCCAUCAAACCAGCGCCUGGUGUCUCUGGCAGAGGGAGAAACCACCAAACCAGGUGAGAGUUGCUACUUGACCUUUGACUAAGGUGACCAGAUUUCUGUAAUGAAAUCCGGGGACAUUCGGUGCAACAUUUUUUGUGGCGGAGGGAGAAACCACCAAACCAGGUGAGAGUUGCUACUUGACCUUUGACUAAGGUGACCAGAUUUCUGUAAUGAAAUCCGGGGACAUUCGAUGCAACAUUUUUUGUUCUCAUUCAUGAAACGCUUAAAUCGGUGCCUUUUUUGGGGACAGCUUUUGCUGGGGACAGGUCAUCCAAUUCGGGGACUGUCCCCGGAAAUCUGAGACGUCUAGUCACCUUACCUUUGACCCUUCCAUUGAAAGCAGUAGAACCGGUUUAAUAGUGUCUCUGUGUGUCCAGCAGCCGGACAGACCUGUAACUGCAAUCAGUCUCUGAGCUCAACAUCGCCCCUGCUGGUCGGACUCCACAGCAGCCUCGCCUGCAUCCUCUGCUGCCUGCUGCUGGUCCUGCUGGGGUACAGACGCAGGUGAGACCUUCGCCAUCAUUGUCAUCACUAUCAUCAUCAUCUUCCUCACCUGGUGAUGUCAGCAAACUGUGUUUUCAGUCUCUUCUGCAGGAAGAAGACGAGCUGGGAGACUCCUCCCCACCUUAAUGGUGUCAGAGGUCAUAAAGGUCACCCACCUGAGAGCAUGGAGCUGAGUCAGGUAAUACACACACACACACACACACACACACACACACACACACACACACACACACACACACACACACACACACACAAAUGAUUAUUAUUAAAAACAAGUUUCUCCUUUAAUUUUUAUUGUUUUAUUUACAUUUUCUUUUUAUUGAGCAUCAACAAAAAAUGUUUAUAGAUAAACAUAUAUUUAAGACAUCAGUCCAGAAGAAAAAAAAAGGUUUAUUAAGUAGAAUAAAAUAUAUAUAUAUAUAUAUAUAUAUAUAUAUAUAUAUAUAUAUAUAUAUAUAUAAACAAAAUUAAGCACAUACAUGAGUUCGCCUACACUGCACAAAACAGGAGGAUAAGGUUCACAUGAACUUGAUCACAAUCACAAACACAGGAUGGUGCUAAGCUGUUAUUAAAUUUGAAGUUUACCAAAAUUCUUCAACACCAGAUCUCAGAAAGAAAAGAGUGUUCAUGUUCUAUGUCUGCUAUCUGUGGUACCAAAAUAUAUUGCUGUGUUGGGUUGAAGAUCAAUAUGCGAUGCUUCUGACAACGUUUUAAAGAUGGUGGGCCAGUAGGUUGCCAGGGCUGGACAUGACCAGAACAUCUGUGUGAAAUCAGCAGGAGUGUUUUGACACCUGCUGCAGCCUGCAUCUGUGUUUGGCUCUAUUUUAGCCAGUCUUGCUUAGUGGGUGCGAUGUAGAAUCUUGAAUUGUAUGAUACUUCAUUUGGCAAAGGAGGAGGUACUGUUGUUAACUCUUACUCUCCCAAAUCUCCUCUUCCAAGUUCUUCCCCCAGCUUAUUCACCCAGUCUGCUCUAAUCUUUGCCAGUGUCGUGUUUUUAAAAGAGGUUAUAUGAACACUGAUACUCGCCCUUUAGUCGUGAAUGUAGAUUUGAACAGAUCAUCUGAACCAGAAGGUGAUGCUAUGAACGGGAAUUUGGGAUCAUGAUGUUGAAAGAAGUGGUGGACUUGGAAAUAUCAAAAUAAGCUUGACCGAGGGAGGUCAAAUUAGUGUGAUAAGUCAUCAAAGCGUGCAAAAAUAGAGUCUACAUACAUAUCCUUGAAAUCAUGAAUGCCUUGUUCUUCUUCAGUUUUUAAAGUUUUUUAGUUGAGUUUUUAAAAUGAGAAACAACAAAUCCAGUGACGCACAGAUCCAACAUGCCUCCGUCCAGAACAGCGCCACCAUCAGUCAUCAAUCCAUGUUAUCAAUCAGCUAACAUUGUCCCUGUUUGCUCCACCCACAGAGACAUGACUCCACCCCUCAACCGGUGAGGGUCAUGGUGGAGCAGGAUCUACCUGUUCAGCCCGGCACAGGCACCGGAUAA